AUCGAGGCUCCGGCCCGGGCAGGGCCGUGAACAUCUGGCCAGUGUGGUUCGGCCCCCUGGCAGGGACCAGGUUCUGAGAAGCAAUGGCGAUGAGGGCCUUUGUCCUGCUGGCCGUCUUUGUGGAAGCCUCGGCGAAGUCAUGCACCCCGAAUAAAGCAGACGUCAUCCUUGUGUUUUGUUAUCCCAAAACCAUCAUCACCAAAAUCCCCGAGUGCCCCUACGGCUGGGAAGUGCACCAGCUGGCGCUCGGCGGGGUGUGCUACAACGGGGUCCAUGAAGGAGGUUACUACCAGUUCGUGAUCCCAGAUUUGUCGCCUAAAAACAAGUCCUACUGUGGAACCCAAUCCGAGUACAAGCCCCCCAUCUACCACUUCUACAGCCACAUUGUUUCCAAUGACAGCACGGUGAUCGUGAAGAACCAGCCCGUGAACUACUCCUUCUCCUGCACCUACCACUCCACCUACUUGGUGAACCAGGCUGCCUUCGACCAGAGAGUGGCCACUGUUCACGUGAAGAAUGGGAGCAUGGGCACAUUUGAAAGCCAAUUGUCUCUCAACUUCUACACUAAUGCCAAGUUCUCCAUUAAGAAAGAAGCCCCCUUUGUCCUGGAGACACACGAAAUCGGUUCAGAUCUGUUUGCAGGAGUCGAAGCCAAAGGGUUAAGCGUUAGGUUCAAAGUGGUUCUGAACAGCUGCUGGGCCACACCCUCAGCCGAUUUCAUGUAUCCCUUGCAGUGGCAGCUGAUUAACAAGGGCUGCCCCACGGAUGAAACAGUCUUUGUGCAUGAGAACGGGAAAGAUCACAGGGCGACCUUCCAGUUCAAUGCUUUCCGGUUCCAGAACAUCCCCAAACUCUCCAAGGUCUGGCUGCACUGCGAGACGUUCAUCUGUGACAGCGAGAAGCUCUCCUGCCCCGUGACUUGCGACAAACGGAAGCGCCUCCUCCGGGACCAGACAGGGGGCGUCCUCGUUGUGGAGCUCUCCCUCCGCAGCAGGGGAUUCUGGAGUCUCUAUAGCUUCUCAGAUGUUCUCCGCCACCUCAUCGUGAUGCUGGGGAUUCACGCUGUCUUGUAGGAGGAGCUAGGCAGGCGGGCGGCGGCGGCUCCUGCAUCCAAGGUCACCUCUGACGAUGACAAACUCACAUUUUUGCGUGAGUGUGCUGCCAAAAAGAACAGACAGAAGACCAUAUUGUUGGGGAAGAGACAACCGCGCUUUGCCAAAUAUGUGUUCCCGUGAUUUUUGUGAAUUUCAGUGAUUGUUUUUCUUUGGUGCCCUACUUUCUCUUGUUCCUUCCUGUGGUCCUCAGCUCCUGCCAUCUCCUCCUGCGACUGGCUGGCAGGGGAAUCUUCAAUCCCUAAACUCGAGUCAGGGCUGUGGCGGACACUUUGAAAGCUCUUCUAAUUUUAAAAGACUAGCACAGCCAACCAGGUGCUGCUGAGCAUGUGGAGGAGAAUGUAGGGCAGGGCCACAAAGUCAGCGCGAGUACAGAAUGCACAGGAAUAGCCAGCUUCCCCGAAGGGGCCUGUGUCAUUGAUGCUGUCGAUUCCGAUCUGAGGAUCAGAGCUGAGCCUCAGGGGUUCCGAGCUUUUGAACAAUGGUAGGUGGUGGGGAAUCAGAGUGGAACAGUUUCUGCUCAAGUCCGAAUCAUAUAAAGGGAUGCAAGUCUUGAGAACCCCAAGAGGGCUAACCUAAUUAAUUUUAUAGUAGGGUUUCUCAAAUAUGUGUAAACAUUUCAUAAGGAUACGCUUUGUUUUUACUGCUGAUAUAUAUGUCUAAAAUCAAAAUAAAGUAACAAAUUAAACAGGAAUAAAACUACGCAAGGACAAAACUCGCGUCGACAUUAAUUUAACAUAAUGUGACAUUUACUAAGCGGAGCUGCUGCUUCCAACAGGACCUCAGAGUGACAGUGUGACAGGUCCCAUCGCAGGCCUUGCGAUGCUCAGUGCGCUUUUGUCUUCUUCUCUUUUCUCUAAGAAAUCCUCAUUUGUACAGAAUGGUCUGACCUCGUUUAGCCUCUCCUGCAUUCAAACGUGGACCUGUGUUGUCUCAGCAACUUAUGAUCAUUAGCAUAAAACCAACCAAAAAAACCAGAAACACAAACGCAAAUCUGGCCAAUGAAAUCUCAUGGUGCCACCUCCUGUUAACCCUGCCACCCGGCCCACCCCUGCCCCAGGAACCCAAAAUCUGUUGAUAUUAGUCAUUUAUAUUGUCCACAAAACGAAACUGAAUAAACCCAUCCUGGUCGAAAACUGGCAGUUUCUGAGAAUGCACUGCAGACCCCAGUAUGAAGCUAAAAGCUGGAGCUUCUAGAUAGGAAAAGUCGGAGCUAGGUUUUUUUUCUUAGUCUUAUACAGACCUAAUUAGUGGGCUUCUGCUUUGUAUCUCCAUACUGUAUGUAUCUGAGAGGAUUUGAGAUCUUUCAUUUGACGGCUCUUUUACAAUCGUGUUAAUGAAUUCAGAAACGAAGCUAGUUCCCAAGUCUCCGGAGACACGGAGCACGUUUGUUUAGCGACAGGCUGGAUUAACAUGACUCAGUGUAAUCUAAACUGGCCUCCGAGCUGGUCCCAAACCAGCUGGCACUUCUUCCUCCUGUAAAUUUAGAUGCUGCA